AUGUUCCAUGCCUGGUGCACAGAAUGGUGCUAUUCAUUUUAUAACUAUGAAAAAUGGUUCGAAGAGACAUCAAAGAACUCAGAAAUCGCCAGGGUCGGCUACGAAAUCAAAUACAAGCUGAGCUUCGAACCUUAUUACAUCGGCCGGACUAAUUCUACUCCAUUUUACGACACGCGCUUUCAAGGAUACGGAUACAACAAGGUGAUCCAGUGCUACGAAGCAGCCCUCCAGAAUUACUCCUUCAAAGUGCUGACCUCUGUCUGGCUGACGCACGACGGAAUUAAAAACGAGACAACCGGCUCUGGCGCUGAUCAACAAGCCUUCAACCAAAAACUUUUCAAUCUUGCCAAGAAAGAACUGAAGAGUAAAUAUGCCCUGUUAAAACUGUAA